AUGUUGGGCCCUGAUCAAGUUUUCUUUUUAUCAACGGAUGACAAGGCACGCGUGCCUUUAGGUAAUAUAGCAGCAAAUGCUCAAGCACCAAUAAUAAUACACCUUGAUUAUCGUGUAAAAUUACCGGAUCAUGAAUUUGUGCUCGUGGAAAAACAUAAACUCAUUCCUUCUGUUUAUGCAGGUAUUGUAAUAAAAAAAUAUGGUAAUGGGAAACCUGAAGCUGUGACACACUCUGGGCCUACAUUCGUAGCAAUUCGUAGUGGAAAGCAUUCUUCCUCUAAUGCAGAGACUCAUGCUACAGACAUACAUAGACUUUCUGAAACACCUGCUUUUCAACACUUUAUGAGAACUCGAGAAUGUUUUGUAAAACCUGUAUUUAUUUUUACUUGCGAUAGUGAUCCUAAGAAAAUCCACGAUACAAGCGAGUUAUAG